AUGGCAAUUACCUUCAAUGACAAAGUGGUCAUCAUCACCGGUGCCGGUGGUGGCCUCGGCAAGCAGUACGCCCUCGAGUUCGCCAAGCGGGGGGCGAAAGUCGUCGUCAACGACCUCGGCGGCUCGCUUUCGGGCCAAGGCGGCGACUCCCGUGCCGCCGAUGUUGUUGUGAACGAAAUUAAAGCCGCCGGUGGCCAGGCCGUCGCCGACUACAACAACGUUCUCGACGGGGACAAGAUUGUUGAGACCGCCGUCAAGGCCUACGGCACCGUCCACAUCGUCGUCAACAACGCCGGGAUCUUGCGGGAUGCGUCGUUCAAGAAGAUGACCCCGGAAAACUUCAAGCUCGUGCUUGACGUCCACUUGAACGGGGCCUACAAGGUCACCCAAGCCGCCUGGCCCUACAUGAGACAACAGAAGUUUGGCCGUAUCGUCAACACCGCCUCGCCCGCUGGUCUCUACGGUAACUUCGGCCAAGCCAACUACUCCGCUGCCAAGCUCGGUUUGUUGGGUUUCGCCGAAACCUUGUCCAAGGAAGGUGCCAAGUACAACAUUCUUGCCAACACCAUUGCCCCCUUGGCCAAGCUGAGAAUGACUGAACUGAUCAUGCCUCCCGAGAUCUUGGAACAGCUCUCGCCCGAAAAAGUCGCCCCCUUGGUGUUGUACUUGUCGCUGGAGGAAAACGAGCUUGGCGGUGAGACUUUCGAAGUCGCCGCUGGUUUCUACGCUCAGAUCAGAUGGGAACGUUCCGGUGGUGCGUUGUUCUUGCCCGACGAGACCUUCACCGCCGAAGCCGUCGCCUCGAGAAUCGAAGACAUCACCGACUUUGACUCCGACGACGAGCGCCCCGAGUUCUUGAAAACUCAACACCCCAAGAUGCUCAACGACUACACCACCUUGGUGGAAAACGCCCACAAGCAAGCUCCCUUCGACAACUCGAAGGUUGACCCCAUCUCGUUGAAGGACAAGGUGGUGCUUAUCACCGGGGCCGGUGCCGGUUUGGGUAAGGAGUACGCCAAGUACAUUGCCAAGUACGGUGCCAAGGUCGUCGUCAACGACUUCAAGGACGCUUCCGAGACCGUCAAGGAAAUCAUCGCUGCUGGCGGUGAAGCCCACGCCGACCAACACGACGUGGCCAAGGACGCCCAGGCGAUCAUCGACAACGUCAUUGGCAAGUACGGCCGCAUCGACGUGUUGAUCAACAACGCCGGGAUCUUGAGAGACAAGUCGUUCGCCAAGAUGACCGACGCCGAGUGGUACUCGGUGCAACAGGUGCACUUGAUCGGUACCUUCGCCCUCUGUAAGUUGGCGUGGCCCCACAUGGCUGCCCAGAACUUUGGUCGGAUCAUCAACAUCACCUCGACCUCGGGUAUCUACGGUAACUUCGGCCAGACUAACUACGCCUCGGCCAAGGCCGCCAUCUUGGGGUUGUCGAAGACUCUUGCCAUCGAAGGGCAAAAGAACAACAUCAAGGUGAACAUCGUCGCCCCCCACGCCGAAACCGCCAUGACGUUGACCAUCUUCCGUGAAGAAGACAAGAACUUGUACCCGCCUCAAUUGGUGGCUCCUUUGCUUGUCUACUUGUCGCUGGACGAAGUCGAGUUGACCGGUGCUUUGUUCGAAGCCGGUGGUGGCUGGAUCGGUUACACCAGAUGGCAACGGGCCAAGGGUGCCGUGUCCAAGGCCGAACACAUUGGCCCCGAGUUCAUCGCCGACCACAUCGACGACAUCACCAACUUCGACGAGGACACCAUCAACCCUGGCUCCACCACCGAGUCGCUGAUGGCGAUCUUGGACGCUGUUGCCAACGCCGAGGACGAAGCCGAAGACGAAGACGACUCCGAACCCUGGCACUACACCGACCGCGACUGUAUCUUGUACAACAUCUCGGUCGGCGCCAAGGUCAACGAGCUCAAGUACGUCUACGAAAACGACCCCGACUUCCAAGUGGUGCCUUCGUUCGGGAUGAUGCCUACCUUCAACUGCGGUGGCUCGUCGCAAUACUCGUUCGCCGACCACUUGGAAGGCUUCAACCCCAUGUUCUUGUUGCACGGUGAACAGUACAUCCGCGUCCACAAGUGGCCCAUUCCCACCGAAGCCACCAUCAAGUCGACCUUCAAGCCCAUUGCCAUUACCCCUAAGGGCAGCAACGUCGUCGUGGUGCAAGGCUCCGAGCAAAAGGACGAAAACGGCGAAGUGGUGUUCUCCAACGAGUCCACUUUCUUCAUCAGAAACUGCAAGGGUGAACAGAAGCUGUUCGCUGACCGCAGAUCGUUCGCUGCUCAACAAUUCGAAGCUCCCUCGUCGGCCCCCGACUACGAAGCCACCUACAAGUUGGACGAGUCGCAAGCGGCGUUGUACCGUUUGAACGGUGACCGCAACCCCUUGCACAUCGACCCCGACUUCGCCAAGGGCGCCAAGUUCGACAAGCCCAUCUUGCACGGCAUGUGCACCUACGGUGUGUCGGCUAAGUUGUUGUUGGACAAGUUCGGCGGCUUCAACGAAAUCAAGGCCAGAUUCACCGGUGUCGUCUACCCCGGUGAAACUUUGAAGGUGAAGGCGUGGAAGAAGGGCGACACCGUCAUUUUCCAGACCUUGGUCGUGGAAAGAAACAUCGUCGCCAUCAACAACGCCGCCAUCAAGUUGCUUGGCGACAAGGCCAACUUGUAA